UGCGAACUGCUAUACUGUGGUACUGCCGACUGUUGCAGGGAAAAAUCUUCCAGCGCACUUUGAUUCAUCGGCCCGGAUCACUUAUGUGUCUCGAUGUAAAAGUGCCCCCCCGUUAUUCGAGCCGUACAAUGAGCAGCUUGUGCGGACCCCCACGUUUCCCUCCUUCGCAGUGGCGCGCGACGCGCGGCCAAAGAAUGGAGAGCAAUUAAAGGAUUGAUUACAAAAUAUGGAGAGGAUGAUUGCCUGGUCUGUAUGGCUCCUCAUGUGUGCGGACCUGCUGGACAGCGCAGUCGGGUAUCUGACUGUCACCAUCGAGCCCAUUCCUCCUGUCGUUGUGGGCGACACCGUGACACUGAAGUGCAACUUCAAGACCGAUGGUAGGUUGCGGGAGAUCGUCUGGUUUCGGGUUACCGACGGGGGCAGCAUGAAGCAGAAAAUCUUUACGUACGACGCCAUGUUCAAUACCAAUUACUCUCACAUGGAGGACUACAGGAGGCGCGAAGACCUCGUUUAUCAGUCAACCAUCCGGCUGCCAGAGGUGCGAAUCGCGGACAACCGGCCAUACGAGUGCCAUGUGGGCGUCUAUGACCGCUCCACAAGGGAGAAGGUGGUCCUUGCUUCAGGAAGCAUCUUCCUCACGGUGAUGGCCCCUCCGAUGUUCAUCUCUGUGAUGGAGGCGGACACUCCAUCAUCAUUCAGUCGCUACCAGGCCCAGAACUUUACUCUAAAGUGCAUCGUGUCUGGCGGGAAACCUGCGCCGACAGUGUUUUUCAAACGGGAUGGCGAGCCAAUCAAUGUGAUUCCCUACAUCCAGCCCACUGCCGGUGGGGAGUCCAAGGCCUCCACUGCACUCAGGAGCUCCAGAUCGCUGAGCAGCCGCGCCCUCAAUACUGACUCGGAGUAUCUCGAGUCUCGAGCCCUUGCAGACCUAGCCCCCCUGUAUGCAGGGAACUCCCGGCAAAGCCAUGCCUCCAGGUCAGAGGUCACCCCCGUCCCCGAGAUCGGUCCGGCCAUGGCUGUCCGCCGAAGCUCCUCCCACUGGUCGCCCCCCAGCAGCCACCCGGUGUACUAUUACCAGCACACACACGUCCCCUUUAACAACGGAACCACGGAGGUGCAUGCCCUACUCACAUGGAGACUCAACCCCCAGCUGGACAACCACGCCCAGUUCAGUUGUGAGGUCAAGCACCCCGCCCUCUCGGUGCCCAUGCAGGCUACAGUCAGGCUGGCGGCUCCCAAGGGCCCCAAGCUCUUAAUGACUCCAACCAGGGCGAAGGUAGGAGACACAGUUCGCUUCACCGUCCUGGGUUUCCAGAAUGAGGUCUUCCCUGAGCCCAUGGUCACCUGGAGCCGAGUCGGGGGUCACCUGCUGGACGGCAGCGCGGAGCAUGAAGGGAAGGAGUUGGUGCUGGAGCGAGUGCCAGCUGAGCUCAACGGUUCCACGUAUCGUUGCACAGCGGAGAACCCCCUGGGCUCCGCGGACUCGUACUCCAGGCUCGUUCUGCUCCAAAACCCAAGCAUGAUGAAAGGCACACAGAACCGAAACAGUGUUGCCCCCCACAGCAGGUCACUGCCACUCAGGCUAGCGAUGUUGCUCCUCAUGAUGACCCUGGAGGUCACUUGAGCACCAGGAUCUACCAAGACCGUGCUUCGCCCUUUCCGAGAAGCCCGCCGGACCCUUCCCGUUCCGCUUGACCGUCGGACAAGGCCGUCGGACCGCCGUAGAAGAACGUGAAAGUUGGCUACAAACCUUCAACCCCCCCCCUCCACCACCACCAACCACCACCUUGGUCACAUGCCUCUCCAGCAAAGAUAUGUUUAAUUUUAUUUCUUAUUCCAGCGCUAUGAUACUGCGUGUCUUUCACAGAUGUCUUAAGAAUCGGAUUGACGUCGCGUGGGCAGGCCCACAUCAUUAAUCUCCACUCCCUCAUUCUGUUAUAUUUCUGUCCCUUUGUACGCGCCGACGGUGGC